AUGAUGCGAGCCCUUUUCGCUGGGAAGGCGUCCCACGGUUACCGGCGUUUGCCAUGCUGGCGAAACUCUCCUGCUUAUCAGGUUCCCUAUCUUUACACUGCCCGGCAGGCGAGCACUACUAGUAUAACAGGGUCGGCGAAUGUCAGCUCGCUCGAGACGGGGCAUAUUGAACUCAGUGACAACGAGGGAUUGGUGUUUGUCAAUAACAUCUUCCCACCAAAGCUUCAGUGGUUGCUGCUGUUGGGUCCUCUCAACGGGACAAAGUCGUAUGAAAAUGCGUUGAAACGCAUCAACCGACCGCACCUUGCAGCGUCAGAUCCGCUACAUAUCAUUCGGCAAGUAUUCCCUCAGGGCUUGGAUAUCGAAAUCAAAGAUGUCAUCCCACGUUUCCGCGAAGGCGGUGCCUUUGUGAAGUAUGCUCGCAAAUCAGGAGCCACAGACCACGAAAUUGAGGCAGCCAUAAGGAAACACUUAGAGAAGCACCCUAUCCGGCCGUGGUUCAAUCCUUUUCAGCAGGCAACAGUUGCCCAAGUCCAGGGCAGGCCGUGGAUUGAAGACCUCUAUCGCAUACCAAGCCAGCGUAUUCGAGUUGAAUUUCAUCCAGCUGCACCAGAGGGCUCGCCGGCAGAAUUAUCCACCGAGGCUCUCUACUCGGUCUUUCGCAGAUAUGGCAAGCUCAAGGAUAUUGAAAGGCAGCCACCGGACUCGAAAGUUACGCCGAGAUAUGCAUUGGUAGAAUUCUCCCGACCUAGCAAUGCGGUUACAGCCAAAAACUGCGUCCACGGAUUUACCAUACCACCAGAAGGAGGUGGAGGCAAGUCAGGUACACGCGUGAAGGUCAAGUAUGAGCGGAAGAUCAGACUGUCUAUGAUCAAGGACUGGCUCCUGAGUCAUCCUCGUCUAGUCAUUCCCGCUGUUGCUGCUCUCAUUGCGGCCGUCACUGUGACCAUCUUCGACCCGAUACGCACCUUCUUCAUCAAGAUGAAGAUCAAGGCGACCCUCCACACAGAAGAGAACAAGUUCUUCCAGUGGGUUCGGUAUCAGGUCAGCAAAGCGAAUAUAUACUUCGGUCAAAGCAAGUCCGAUGUCCGAGGACUGUCGGCAAUCUGGGAGGACCGUCAAGGUGAUAUUGAGCAGCUUCAUUCCUGGCUGACUGAGAGCGCGGAAACUUUCAUCGUGAUACAUGGCCCGCGCGGUUCAGGGAAGCGCGAAUUAGUUUUAGACCGCACCUUGAAGGACAACAAGUACAAACUUGUCAUUGAUUGCAAGCAAAUUCAAGAUGCCAAAGGCGACACAGCGAAGAUUGCUCGAGCAGCUAGCCAAGUGGGCUACCGUCCGAUCUUCUCCUGGAUGAACAGCAUCAGCAGCUUUAUCGACCUUGCAGCACAGGGUAUGAUCGGCACCAAGGCAGGAUUCUCCGAGACGCUGGACGCUCAGCUCAGCAAUAUCUGGCAAAACACUGCCGUGGCCCUCAAGAGUAUCACUUUGGAAAACCGCAAGAAGACGGACACGGAUGCGCAGCUUUCUGAUGAGGAAUACCUGGAGGCCCACCCCGAGUUACGACCAGUGGUCGUCAUUGAUAAUUAUCUGCACAAUAACCCAGAGGCUACCAGCGUGGUCUAUGACAAGAUCACAGAAUGGGCUGCGGGGCUGGCAACCGGGAACAUCGCACAUGUCAUCUUCUUGACGACCGAUGUAUCGUUCUCCAAGCCUUUAAGCAAAGCUUUGCCGAACUCAGUGUUCCGAACGAUCUCACUAGGCGAUUGCUCACUCGAAGUCGGCCGAAGAUUCGUUCUCAACCACCUUGAGUAUGAAGCAAAGAGCAAGAACAAGGACACGCAGAACGAGGAGGAUCUGGCUGAACUCGAUAGCUGCAUUGCCGUGUUAGGCGGGCGCCUCACGGACCUUGAAUUCAUGGCGCAUCGUAUCGAGGCUGGGGAAACGCCCAGGGGCGCUGUCACUCGCAUCGUGGAACAGUCAGCGUCCGAAAUCCUGAAGAUGUUCAUCUUGAGCCCUGAGACCGAAUCACAAAAGUGGAGUCACCAGCAGGCCUGGCACCUGAUUAAGACACUCGCUCAUUCCAAAGAUGGCAGUGUGCCCUACAACCACGUCCUUCAGUCCGACUUGUUCAAGUCCAAUAGCCAAUCUCUCCGCGAGCUCGAGCAAGCGGAACUUAUCUCAAUCGUCACAGUGAACGGCUCGCCGGAGAGGGUCAAAGCUGGUAGACCAGUUUACCAGGCGGUGUUCAAGCGACUGACUGAGAACAAGACCCUGAGUAGCCGCUUGGAUCUAGAGGUGCUGUCACAGCUAAUCGGCAAAGAGAACAAGAGUAUUGGGACAUAUGAGGAGGAGCUUCUGCUGCUCGGAAAGUUACCGAAGCAGCCGCGAGAGCUGACAGGGAGAAUCCAGUGGCUGUUGCAGAAGGUGUACAGCUCGCAAAACAAGAUUGCGAAGUAUGAAGCCGAGAGUGCGGCUCUCCAAAAGGUGCUGCAAAGUCAGCAUUGA